UGACAUAGCUGAGGAAGUCACUCGAGGUCUUGCCAUGAGAUCAAACGAAUCCAUGUUUGUCACUCAAAACAACUUUGAUGGAUCAAAUGCCAUGGUUGGCGGCUACUCUUACAACGGAUACGUGACAAACGGUUCUUAUUUCAAUUACCUGGCGCAGCCGGUGGUCGACGAUACGUAUGCGUCUUCGAUAAUAUCGCCAAAUUCUGCUCAGGGCGACCAUCCGUCAUCGACCAGGAAACGGAGUAUGGUCGGGCGGAAGCCGCCGAAGGGUCCGGACGGCGUACGGCGAUACAGCAGUCGGCGGGCGACGUUCGAGCGACGCGACCGUAUUAAUUCGCGAGAGCGCGACCGCAUGCACCAACUGUGUGACGCAUUCGAGAGGCUUCGUCAGGUGCUACCAUUCAAGCGAUGGAAACAUGGACCCCAUCGUCAGAGGCUUAGUAAGAUCAGCACUUUAGUUCUUGCACAAAAUUAUAUUCGAGCCUUGGAGGUGAUGCUACAAGAAAGUCCGGACGACACACCGACCUCAAGUACAGCAGAUUUAGAAGCUAAUGGGUUUAUAAUGCCUCAAAGUAACAAUCAAAAUCAAUCCAAUGUCAGUGAAAGCACAUACUUUCAUGUCAGCCAAACUGGAGAGCUUGAAAAUAAUUUGACCACUCUUCAUCCAUCAUUCAAUACCGAUCAAAUUAACCCAAGUUAUCAAUCCGAGUAUUUCAAAACAGAGUCUACAACUCAAUGUCAAUAUUAGUUCGCAAGAGACACGAUUAAAGGGAUCAAGAACUGAAAUGUAAAUGUUUUCCCUCCAUGUCUGUUAUGCUUAUUAAUUUAUUUUGGGAAAGUAUGCCCGACCGUAUGUGCCUUUUAGUCACUCCAGUUAAAAGUAUUAAA